AUUGCCUCCAAUCAAGCACCAAGAACCCCAUAUUCCCCCUCUCUCUCUCUCUCUCUCUCUCUCUCUCUCUCCACAACAUGGGUAGCCUUGAAUCAGAGAGUCCAGUGAUAGGAUGGGCAGCUAGAGAUUCUACAGGGUUUCUAUCACCUUACACUUACACACUCAGGAGAACAGGCCCAGAAGAUGUGGUCAUCAAGGUGUUGUAUUGUGGCGUAUGCCAUACUGACAUCCACCAGAUCAAAAACCACUUGGGAGCCUCCAACUACCCCAUGGUCCCUGGGCAUGAAGUUGUAGGGGAAGUGAUUGAGGUGGGGCCUGAUGUGAAAAAAUGUAAGGUGGGCGAUAACGUUGGAGUGGGUGUGAUCGUUGGAUCUUGCAGGCAGUGUGGCCCAUGUAAAUCUAACAUAGAACAGUACUGCAACAAGCGAAUAUGGACCUACAACGAUGUUUACACUGAUGGGAGGCCCACUCAAGGAGGGUUUGCAUCUUCCAUGAUUGUGGACCAAAAAUUCAUACUGAAUAUCCCAGCCGGGCUAGCCUUAGAACAAGCGGCACCACUAUUGUGCGCCGGGGUGACAGUUUACAGCCCACUCAAGCAACUUGGGCUGAAAGAGAGUGGGCUGAGGGGAGGUAUUCUGGGCCUAGGUGGGGUGGGCCACAUGGGUGUGAAGAUAGCCAAGGCAAUGGGCCACCAUGUAACGGUCAUCAGCUCCUCAAAUAAGAAGAGGGAGGAGGCGAUGGACCACCUCGGCGCCGACACCUAUCUGGUCAGCUCCGACACGGCCCAGAUGGAAGCAGCCGCUGAAAGCCUCGACUACAUACUGGACACCAUCCCGGCCCACCAUCCGCUUGAACCUUACCUCCCGCUGUUGAAGGUCGGCGGCAAGAUCGUGUUGAUGGGCGUCUAUCCAGAGCCAAUGCAAUUUCUUACUCCCAUGAUUAUGCUAGGGAGAAAGUGUAUUACUGGGAGCUUUAUAGGAAGCGUUGAGGAAAACCAAGAGAUGCUGGAGUUUUGUGAGGCCAAAGGACUCACAUCAACGAUAGAGAUUGUGACCAUGGAUUAUGUGAAUACGGCCUUGGAUAGACUCGAGAAAAAUGAUGUCAGAUAUAGGUUUGUGGUGGAUGUGGCCGCCAGCAAUCUCAGCCCUUGAUCAGGCAUCUAAAGAGAAGAAAUCCAGCCUUGAUGCUUUCUUUAGUUCAUUUAUUUGUUUUGAGUUUGUUAUAUGCUUUGAUACUCUAGUAGAAUGUGAUGAUCCAUAUGCAUGCACACAGUAAUUAUGUACAGCUGGCAUGCGUGUACUUCAAAUCAGAUAAUCCAAAUCAUGGGCCCCACUGAUGAUUGGUUAUAACCUAUAAAAAUAAAUUUCCAUUAAUCAGGGAUCAGGAUCGUCCAAUCGAUCUGAUUUUUGAGGUUAUGCUCA